ACUAUAUCUACAACCAGAUUGCCUUUUUUGUUUAUCUGGGAUUUACGAAAAGAUUACUUUGAUUGCUUUCGCUCUGUAAAAAGAUGGCUCUCUUCCAAACCCAAACAGCUCCUCCUAUCCAUAGCUAUGGCUUUAGCUCGAAAACCCAUAGUCAUUCUCCCAUGGUCUUAUCAUUUCAUUUUCCUCCACCUUCUCGCCUUGUUACUCACUUCUCCGUGAAAACCCAUCAGCAAAAUUCACUAUUUUCUAUCCAGAACACACCGCUUUCACUCUCAACAGUUACAAGGAAGUUGCUUUGCAGACCCCCUCAAGGGAAACAUGUCAGAGAAGACUAUCUUGUGAAGAAGGUGUCGGCCCAGGAGGUUCAGGAACUGGUAAAAGGAGAAAGAAAUGUACCCCUUGUCGUUGAUUUCUUUGCAACAUGGUGUGGACCUUGUAUAUUGAUGGCUCAAGAACUUGAAAUGCUUGCUGUGGAGUAUGAGAGCAAUGUUAAAAUUAUUAAGGUUGAUACAGAUGAUGAGUACGAGUUUGCACGUGACAUGCAGGUUCGAGGAUUGCCGACAUUGCUCUUUGUCAGUCCAGAUCCAAGUAAAGAUGCCAUCCGGACUGAAGGGCUCAUCCCAUUACAGAUGAUGCGGGAUAUCAUUGAUAACGAAAUGUGAAGGAGUCCGGGAAAAUGAUUUGGUUAUUGCUCCAUACAAUUGGGGGGCCAUGGUUCUGUUUGGUGAUGGUACAAGCAUUAUCAUUGCUUGUUGAGGUUUGUAAUGUCCUAAUUUACUAAUUGGAAUAUUUCCUUGGAGUCAACAAUUUUGUAGCCAUAUGAUAUCUAAUAGAUGCGGUUUGUAGGUGUGUUUAGAUAUAUGAUGUGUCUGUCGUACAUCCUUGCACGAUUACGAUUCCUUUUACUGUUUAAAUUAUAAGGAUGUUUGGUGAUGCUACAAGCCUUAGGGCAUGGAAAAUAUAUUAACCAGGUCUGAUUGCGGAGCUUC